CUUCUUCUCUAUUUAAGUUCCUCACUUCACCCAUCAUUCCCUCUCCCCUCCCUCUCUCUCACCCCCAACCCUAGCCUGAUCAACACCCCUCAUCAACUACCAUGACCGACGCGGAGCCGCCCAUCCAGACCUACCGUGGUAGCUGCCACUGCGGCGCCUUCAUCUACGAGGUCGAGGCCCCCGAGAUUAAGUCGGCGGGUGACUGCAACUGCAGCAUCUGCUACAAGCGCGGCUACCUGUGGCUGGUGCCCAAGAAGCCCCUGACCGUGGUCAAGGAUGAGGGCAAGCUCGUCAGCUAUUCGUUCGCCUCCAAGAUGCUGGACCACCAGUUCUGUGGUAGCUGUGGGACGACAGUCAUGGCUAAGAGUGAAAUGUUUCCGGCGGGGGUGGGACUAAACGUGCGAACUAUUCAAGGCCUCGACUUCUGGAGCCUUGAGGUGAAGACGUCAAACGGCAACACAUAUGGCACCCCGUACGCUGCUCCCCCCUUCUCGGGCGACGAACCCGCCCCCGCGGGCUUCGAGGACGGCAAGACCUACCAUGGGAGCUGCCAUUGCGGCGCCGUGGCCACGGCCGUCCGGGUCAAGGGCUCGCUGGAAGACGGCACGUACGACGAACGCCUUAUGGAGUGCAACUGCAGCUUCUGUCGACAGGGCUAUGUGUGGAUCUACCCAUCCUCAAGCCAGCUCGCCAUCCAGGGCCGCGACAACUUGUUCUACUACAAAUUUGGCAACCACAUCUGGCGCAAGUUAUUCUGCAAAACAUGUGGCGUGCAUAUUGCGUCGGAGGUUAACCCGGACCAGACCGAGGAGGAAAUCGCUGCGCUGCCGGAGAUGUACCAGCAAUUCCGGGCCACCCAUUUCAACACGCAGCCAUUGAACCUGCGUGUGGUCAACGGGCUCGACGUGAAAUCCCUCAAGGUGAUCCGGGGAGACGGAUGGUCGAAGCAGAUCCCCCAGUAUGUGUAUCCAUAGUGUUGUGGCCCAGAUGUAGAGCAUAGGGGAGUGAAGUAGCAAAACCAGGUCUAAACGCACCAUAAAAAUGCCG